UUAGGAUUUUUCUUGGGAGAAGUAAUGGCGAAAUUGAAAGAAGUUUUUGAAAGAGUAGACGUAAGAAGAAGAAGCACUACCUCCUGACUUGCUCAUACCAUCGAUGGGGAUAAAACGCAGCGUCGAAUCUAGCGGCGGAGGCGGAGGCGGAGGCGGAGGCGGAGGCGGAGGCGGAGGAGAGAUAGUUUCUGAGUCGUCGUCUCCGUUCGAUUCCUUGCCGGAGGACUGCAUUUCCAGCCUAAUCUCCUUCACAAGUCCACAAGAUGCGUGCGUCGCUGCUACGGUUUCGAAAACCUUUGCAUCGGCGGCCAAGUCAGAUAUUGUAUGGGAGAAGUUUAUUCCGCCGGAUUAUUCCUCUCUGAUUCCUCCAUCGCGAGUUUUCUCAUCGAAGAAGGAACUCUAUUUCUCUCUCUGUAACGAUCCUCUUCUGAUCGACAAUGGCAUAAAGGAAUGUGAUCACAAGCUUCUUUGAGAAUGUUUCUUCCAUAUGGUGCUGAUACUGAAUCUCUCUGAUUGUUUGGGUAUAUAAAAGAUGAUAUGGUUAGAGAAAGAGAGUGGGAAGAGGUGUAUCAUGUUAUCAGCCAUGAACCUCUCAAUCAUAUGUGGAGAUACUCCUCAAUAUUGGCAAUGGUACUCUUAUUCUUUGAGAUACAGCUUGGUGAAUUCUUUAAUGAAGGAGGAGGAUUAAUGAAUAGUGAUGAAAUUGAGAUGAUUGUUUUAGAGACUGCGCUGCUCAAUUGGAAGUCUGGCUUGAUCAUUCAAGGAAUUGAAAUCCGACCUGCAAUAAAGUCUUCCAAAGUGAUUUGAGCGAAACACUCCGAUCAACCGCUCAUCUGUUGGUUUUAUUGUCAGUCAACUGGUGGAGUGAAGAGGUACAUUUCAGUUGAGUUUGUCGUAAUGAUUUAGUUCAAUUUAGAGUUUAUGUGGUGAACAAGAACAAACAACUUACUUUUUUUUUUUUUGACAACACAAACAACUUACUUUGCAUACUUAAUUAAGCUUAAUUAAUUAAUUAAAAAAUAAAA